AUGUCAACGCCAGUUGAAGGCACUGAAAAUAAUCCUCUGUUGAAAGAAUUCUAUUUCCCGCCGUUUGAUUCAAUCAAGCCCGACCACGUUCGCCCUGGGAUCCAUGCCUUGCUCAAACAACUCGAAUGUGAAUUGGAGGAACUGGAAAGGACAGUAGAGCCGACGUGGCCUAAGCUUGUUGAGCCACUGGAAAGGAUAGUUGAUAGGUUGGCCGUGGUUUGGGGUGCUAUUUCCCAUCUCAAGUCUGUCAAAGAUGAUCCCAAGCUUCGCUCUGCCAUUGAAGAAGUUCAGCCGGAAAAAGUGGCAUUUCAGCUUAAGUUAGGUCAGAGUAAGGCUAUCUACAAUGCGUUCAAAGCUAUUAAAGAGUCUCCAGAUUGGGACACACUAAGUGAUGCUCAAAAACGGAUAGUUGAAUUGCAAAUCAAGGAUGCCGUUUUAAAUGGUAUUGCCCUUGAAGAUGAUAAAAGAGAACAAUUCAAUAAUAUUGAACAGGAACUGGCAAAACUAUCUCAAAAAUUUGGGGAGAAUGUUUUGGAUGCAACAAAGAAGUUUGAAAAACUGAUAAUGGAUAAGAAAGAUGUCGAAGGAUUGCCAGCUACUGCUCUUGGAUUGGCUGCACAAAAUGCAGUGUCUAAGGGUCAUGAAAAUGCUACCGCUGAGAUUGGACCAUGGAUGAUUACGUUGGAUGCCCCAAGUUUUAUGGCUGUAAUGCAGCAUGCCAAAAAUCGAACUUUACGUGAGGAAGUAUACCUUGCCUAUGUAAGCCGUGCAUCUAGUGGAGAUCUUGAUAACACGGCAAUAAUAGACCAAAUUUUGAAGCUUAGGCUGGAAAAGGCAAAGCUUCUUGGGUACAAUAACUAUGCAGAGGUAAGCAUGGCUACCAAGAUGGCUACUGUUGAAAAGGCAGAAGAGCUCCUUGAAAAACUUCGCAGUGCAUCAUGGAAUCCUGCAGUUAAAGAUAUGGAGGACCUUAAAUACUUCUCAAAGAGUCAAGGUGUUCCAGAAGCUGAUAACUUGAGCCAUUGGGAUAUCAGCUUUUGGAGUGAGAGGCUUCGUGAAUCAAAGUACGAAAUAAAUGAGGAAGAAUUGCGUCCUUACUUUUCAUUUCCUAAAGUUAUGGAUGGUCUUUUCAGUCUUGCAAAUAAGCUGUUUGGAAUCAAUAUUGAGUCAGCUGAUGGUUUAGCCCCGGUUUGGAAUAGUGAUGUUCGAUUUUACCGUGUCAACGAUUCUUCAGGCAGCCCUAUUGCAUUUUUCUAUUUUGAUCCAUAUUCGCGUCCGUCUGAAAAACGAGGAGGAGCAUGGAUGGAUGAAGUAGUUGGUCGAAGUCGUGUCUUGUCACAAGAUGGUUCCUCUGCUAGGUUGCCUGUUGCCCACAUGGUGUGCAACCAAAUGCCACCUGUAGGGAACAAGCCAAGCCUUAUGACAUUCCGUGAGGUCGAGACUAUCUUCCAUGAAUUCGGUCAUGCACUUCAACAUAUGCUAACAAAGCAGGAUGAGGGUUUGGUUGCUGGGAUACGGAAUGUAGAAUGGGAUGCUGUAGAAUUACCCUCUCAAUUCAUGGAAAAUUGGUGCUACCAUAGGGAUACCUUGAUGAGCAUUGGCAAGCAUUAUGAAACUGGAGAGAGUAUUCCGGACGAUAUAUACAAAAAGCUUCUUGCUGCUAGGACCUUCCGCGCAGGCUCUCUAAGUCUUCGUCAGAUCAAAUUUUCAACUCUCGAUCUUGAGUUGCACACCAAGUACGUGCAAGGUGGUUCAGAGACGAUCUAUGAUGUUGACAGAAGGGUUAGUAAAAGAACGCAAAUACUUCCUCCACUUCCAGAGGAUAAGUUUCUUUGUGGUUUCAGUCAUAUAUUUGCAGGUGGAUAUGCUGCUGGAUACUACAGUUACAAGUGGGCAGAGGUGCUGUCUGCUGAUGCUUUCUCAGCAUUUGAGGAUGUUGGAUUAGAUGAUGACAAGGCGGUGAAAGAAACGGGACAUAGAUUCCGGGAAACUGUUCUUGCUCUUGGAGGUGGAAAAGCACCCCUUGAGGUUUUCGUGGAGUUUCGAGGGCGGGAACCCUCUCCAGAGCCAUUACUUCGGCACAAUGGAUUAUUGCAAGUUGCAGCCUCUCUCUGA